AUGAGAAAUCGCGUGUUUCUGGGGUUUCCAAACCGGCAUAAAUAUGCCCUGGUGGCUGCGAUUCUAACUCUAUUUAUUCUUUUCAAGUCUGUGCCCACAUCCAAGCUCGAUCCCCACACCAAGAAGCUGUACGGGGAGGACCGACCGCGGUAUCUUCACCAGUCUACAUUUCGCAAGAACCCAGACCAUGACUACGAGCUCAAGCUCUCUAAUGCGCUUCGCGCCAUGGAGAUAGAAAGGGAAAUGCGACACGAUGAGGAUGCAACACAUACACUGUGGCAGAUUAUGCUACCAGGAGUCAGCCAGCGAAGCGACGAUUCAAUUCAAUUCGAGGAAAAGAAUUCAGAAUGGAAAUACAAACUGAUAGAAGCCGACUGGGCUGACAAAUUCAUUUUCGACACUCUGGAAUCCAUCCCAGACAUCGCUCGACUCUACAAAUCAUACCCACACUCCGUCCACCGCGGCGAUCUCCUCCGCUAUUUGAUUCUAUGGUACUACGGCGGCUACUACGCAGACCUCGACAUAUAUCCCGCACGAAGCAUCAAAUCAUGCCCGUCACUGCGCGACUCCAUCUUCAAAGCCAACACGGUUAACGCGAAUGUGUCGCUAGUUGUCGGAAUUGAAAUCGACGAGCCAUUCGCUUCGCCGCAGAAGAUGCGCGACUGGCACUGGGCCCGACGCUACGGCUUCAUCCAAUACUCAAUUUAUGCGCCACAACGGUUUAGUCCGCUACUAAGAGAGAUCAUCGUCCGUGUGUUGUCCCAUACGAAGCAGCGAGUCGACGAGGGUCAUUUCUGGAAUAGGAGAUACAACGAAAUGGAUACGAUGGAGAUCACCGGCCCCGGCGUGUUUACAGAUGCUAUUCUCGAUGUGCUGUCGGAUACAUUGCCAUCUACACAUCGGUUAGUACAACAGUCUGUGGAUGCGGACGCUGGGUUCUCGUCCUCGGCUUCGUCUGUGCAGCGUGUGACGUGGGCGCCUUUCCACGCGAUUCAAGAGCCGCUCUGUGUUGAGAGUUCAGAGACUCAGCCUGGCAAGCUAAUGGGAGGGCUGUGUGUUCUACCUGUUAACGCUUGGGGUAAUGGACAGCGGCAUUCUGGAUCCGAGGGCUUCAGUAGUCAACAAGCUUGUAUUAACCAUCGGUUUGGGGGGACUUGGAAGCCUUGGAAACAGAGCUGGCGGAAGUAUCUCUUUGGCUGA